UUAUGCAACAACACUGGAAUCCGGCAAACUUCCACAUUCAGACCGGUCACGUGACGCGUCACAUGACAACAGCUCCUUCCAUAUGGCUCUCCCCAGUGCUGUGCCGCCCAGUGCCUCUUGUGCUUAGGGCUCCUAUAGCAGCAGAAAUCAGCGCGAGCUGUGACAUCAUCACUGGGAAGCUUCCCAUUGGCCGCCCUGUGCCUUCAUCGAGGGGAUACCGAACGCUAUGGAGGUUUACAUUCCAUCAUUCCGGUACGAAGACAGUGAAAUGGAGAGAGGCUACACGGUGUUUAGAAUAGAAGUAUUAGUAAAUGGCAGACGGCAUUUUGUUGAAAAACGGUACAGCGAAUUUCAUGCACUUCAUAAAAAGCUUAAGAAAAGUAUUAAAACUCCAGAGAUCCCAUCUAAACAUGUAAGAAACUGGGUGCCUAAAGUGUUGGAGCAACGUCGGCAGGGUCUAGAGGCAUAUUUGCAGGCCAUCAUUUUCGAAAACGAAGAACUUCCCAAAUUCUUUUUGGAUUUCUUGAAUGUUCGACAUUUGCCAUCACUACCUAAAGCCGAGAGUUGUGGCUCCAUCGAUGACCUCGAAUCAGAUGAACCCAGCAAACUGUCCCACCAGCCUGUGCUGCUUUUCCUAAGGGAUCCAUACAUCUUGCCUGCAGCCAACGAUAACGCAGCGAAUGUGGUGAUAGAAGGCGUUCUUCAUGGAUUGUUUUACCCUCACCUUCAGACCAGCUAGAGACUGACCUUCUCGCCACGCCAAAGCUUUCAUGGGAAGUUACUUGUGUUUCUGUGUUAUUGUUAAUGGCAAACCAUGAAAUCUGUUCCAGGGAUAAUUCUACCUACGGAAACAAAGGGAAAUAUCAACUGACCACUGUACAGUCUCGGUGUUAAGAAGCUUUAGAUAUCAGAAUUCUAACAUUGUGCCAAUAUGUAUUCUAUUGUGUAGGUUCAUUCGCCUUAACUGUAACACAUAGGAAUCUUUUAAGCAAUUGUUUCACUUAUGUAAAAAAGUGUGAGAUUACCAGCCCACCAAUCAUGAUACUAUCAGCAAGCAUGAGGGAUAAGAAGCCUGCUGCUCUCCAGGUCUUGGAGGAUGCUACGCCUAGCAUACUUUCCAAUGCUCUUCACCAGCUGGAAUGUGGGUUACCUUCCCAUGCCAUAAAGCUUUACAACCACUUGAA